CGCCUCAUAUUGCUUCGGGAAGGCUUGUGCGAAUUUUAUCCGCCAUGAGAACCUACACGAUUCUACUUUUGAGUGUUGUGGUUAUCAGUAGAAGCGUGAUUUCGGCAAAAACGGUGACAGACAAUGUGCUGCGAGUUCUAUCCCCGGCUUAUGAAAUCUGUGGGAAAAGUGAAGAUUUAGUGAAGUGCUUCAAAGUGCAGGCUGCAAAGCUCAUAAGCAGGGCGUUGAAAGCGUCUAGGAUAAAACUGUUGCAGGGCGUCUACAUUGUCAAGAGGAAUGACACGGAAGAUGUCCCCGAGAACAUAACGAGCAACAGCGAUUUGUAUUCAUCAUCUUCAAGGAAUAUGGAUGACAUUUUGGGUGAACGUCUUAACCAACUGGCGGAUACGCGAAAGCUCCAAAUUAACAUUCCUAGAUUCUUCCAAUAUGGUCAGCAGAGGGGUGUGGAGCUGGUCGAGGAAGGACGAAAGAAAAUGAAGAAAUACUUGGGCCCUUUCAUAGCCGCGGUACUGCUCAAGGCGGCGAUGCUUAAAAUGGCCUACCACUCCAUAGCAAUAGUGGCGGGCAAGGCCUUGAUCGUUGGGAAAAUCGCGCUAAUCAUUAGUGCGGUAAUUGGUCUUAAGAAACUCGUGUCGACCGAGGGUCACGAGAAAACCACUUACGAGAUCGUCAAACAUCCGCAGUUCCAGCAGAGCCACACAUAUUCAUCAUCAUCUAGUCAUGGGGACUAUGAACCACACGACAGUUCGGGGUCCUUCCAUCGCAGCAUCAGCAACGAAGAAAUGCUGAUGCAAGACAAAGCUUACCAAGCGCGGGCAAAUUGAUUGUUUGCACUUCGAUAUUUAUUUUGUAGGAAUAAGGAAUUAAUAAAAGUUUAUCAAACUGAA